CUGUGAAACACGGUCUACUAACGAGUUGACUUCACUUCAAUAAUUACAUAGUACUAAUUGAAUUCUCUCUCUCUCACACACACACACAUACAAACACACACACUGAGGCAUAGAAUUGAUGAGAGUGUUCUGAAUUUCUUCGUUUUGCUGAUUAAAUAUGGAAAUUCAUCUGAAUCAGCUUCUCCUUUUGCUGCUAACUCUCCAAUUCGCUGUCGAAUUCGCCGUCUCAGAAAUAAUUUUUGAAGAACGUUUCGAAGAUGAGUGGAAGAGUAGGUGGGUGCUGUCUGAUUGGAAAAGGAGUGAAGGAAAAGCUGGUACAUUCAAACACACAGCUGGGAAAUGGAAUUCUGAUCCAGAUGACAGAGGUAUCCAAACAUAUCCGGAUGCAAAACACUAUGCCAUUUCCGCGAAGAUACCUGAGUUCAGCAAUAAAAAUAGAACCCUUGUGUUACAGUACUCCAUAAAGUUCGAGCAGGACAUUGAAUGUGGUGGCGGUUACAUUAAGCUUCUCUCUGGCUAUGUCAACCAAAAGAAAUUUGGUGGUGACACUCCAUACAGUUUGAUGUUUGGACCCGAUUUAUGCGGCCCUCAGACCAAGAAGCUUCAUGUCAUACUUUCAUAUCAGGGGCAGAAUUAUCCAAUAAAAAAGGAUUUACAAUGUGAAACUGACAAGUUGACUCAUUUUUAUACAUUCAUCUUGAGACCUGAUGCAACAUACAGUGUCUUGGUUGAUAAUCGUGAAAGAGAGUCUGGAAGUAUGUACACAGACUGGGAUAUCUUGCCACCCCCCAAAAUUAAAGAUGUCCAUGCAAAAAAGCCAGCAGAUUGGGACGAUAGAGAAUAUAUUGACGAUCCUGAUGAUGUUAAACCAGAGGGUUAUGAUUCUGUACCAGCAGAGAUACCUGAUCCAAAAUCUAAAAAGCCUGCUGACUGGGAUGAAGAUGAGGAUGGAAUAUGGAGACCAAAAAAAGUACCCAACCCACGGUAUAAAGGCCCUUGGAAGCCAAAGAAAAUCAAGAACCCAAACUACAAAGGGAAGUGGAAAAUUCCUUGGAUUGACAACCCUGAGUUUGAAGAUGACCCCGACCUUUAUGUGUUAAAACCGAUAAAAUAUGUUGGUAUUGAAGUUUGGCAGGUGAAAGCUGGUUCAGUAUUUGAUAACAUAUUGGUGUGUGAUGAACCACAGUAUGCAAAAGACGUUGUUAACGAGAUACUGGCAAAUAGAGAGAUCGAAAAGGAGGCAUUCGAGGAGGCAGAAAAAGUGAGAGUAGCAAAAGAAGAGGCGGAUGCUAGAAGAGAAAAAGAGGAAGGCGGCAGCCGAAGGAAAGACAGGAAUCGCCCAUACCGUCGAAGGCAUGAUCCUGAAGAUUACUUGGAUGACUACCAUGAUGAGCUCUGAGUUAUGCUUCCACAAAACACUUUUCCUUUGGCUUAUGGGAAGGCAGUUCAUCUUCUAGAAUUUCGGAUCAUAAUUAAUUAACAUAAAUAAAAUUUUGUACUUUAAAAAAUUGUCAUGAAUUUUCACAUCAAGAUUAUAAGUAAACUAUCUUUGAACAUC